UUUGCAGAAGGAGCUCACGUAAAUCAUAAAUUAAUAAACUUCAUACAUCAUACACAUUAAUUACAAUUAGGGUUUGACUUCUUGUUUAGAUAGUUAAGAGUACAUUAGUUCGAAACAUUUAAGAACAGAAAGAAAGGCAAAUUCAGGAAUAUGAAACUGAACGGUGUAUUGAAUUUAGGAAAUAUGUUUAUUUAAAAAAUGACUAUCGAACCAAUAAAAAGUUACAUUUACAAAUUUUAAAUGUUGGAAUCUUGACCAAAGGUAAAAAAAUACGGCCGAACUUGAACAGUCACGACGUUGUAUGUACUUCCAAAUGUCAUUCGAAACUCUACGCGUGGAUCUAUUAAAUACUCGGCAGCUUGAGAGGUCCAUAAGUUUAUAACAGGUUCGGUUUUGCACUUCGUCAACCGACUAUUGUUGUACGCAGUAGCAAUGGAAGACGAAGACGACCUAAUUUAUGAGUGUUAAAGUCAUAGUUCGACAGGGAGGAAACCCAAACAUUUUUGUCAAGAAGAAAAAUGAUAUAAUUUUAAAUUCAGGCGUAUCAAGCUCAAUUAUAUACAACGAAAAUGUUUAGUCGCCAAAAAGCCCAGACAGAUGUGAAAAAGUCGACCGUCAAAUUCCUUGACGGAAAGAAAGACGUUCAAACAAGGCUUAAACAUCUGAAGCUGAUUUUGGAAUCUGUGGACAUUAGCGAAGCCAAAGCAUUAUUUGCCACCAACUAUUCACACAUAUACCACUUGGUGUACGAGGGCAUUGUUUGUGCGGAAAGUUCCCUUAAGGUUAAAGGAGGUUUUCUGUCUCCCUCUUCCCUGUCUUUCACAUUAUCUGAAAAUCUACCAUUUUAUCUUGUUCAUCGAGCACAGCGAGAAGAGCUGGAAAGUGUGUUGCAGCUAUUGGAAAGAAUUAUAAUGCUCCUGCCCGACCUACUCCACUGUCGCUGGCAAUUACAUUCGAUUUCUAGAUUAAUGGCCAAACUAAAUCAUCCAGCAAAUUCGAUGGCACUGCGAAAACAAGCUAUUAGGUUGUUCAUCAUGUACUACCAGUGCCUUGGAACUGCAGGUCCAGCGUAUGUCCAUACCAUGUUUGCUUCUCUUGUUCCUGGCUUACCUGGUGCUGAAUCAUGGCCGCCACCAAGCGAUCCUUCGUUUGAAGCGUCUCCUUAUGAAAUAACGCCCGUGUUACCAGCCAGUUCUGGGGACCGGCAAUUGCUGCCUGAAGAUCCAACAUCAUAUUUUCUUGAACUACUUUUAGACUGCAUGGUGUCUCAAGCUCCAAAAAUUCAUUGGAACGAUGGAAGCCAGAUGUGGUCGAGAAGCAUUGAAUUUUUAUACGAGAAAUUUAAGGAGCUUUAUUUGCCAAGAAUCUUUAGUGAUUUUAACGUCACGACAGACAUUUACAAACCAUCCUUAGAUCUACCUGAACCGAGAAAAAGUGCCGAUCUCUCAAACAAUGUCAUAACAGCAUGCCAGGUUGUAUUCGUAAAAUGGAUAGCCAACUAUGCUCAUUCAGUCUACCGAUCUAUGGAAUCUUCAAUUCCGGGACAAAUGGCAUCGUGGAGUUCACAAAAUGCUCAUUCUCAUCAUGAUGAUCCGAAAAUAUCAACACCGCCGUCCUCUUUGGGUGACAGAGAUUCCAUCGCCUCAUAUUCCAGCAUCAAUAACGACGUGGACGCAAAUGUGAUAGCAAAGGACGUUAUUCUGGGAAGCAGAUCCAAUAUUAAUUUCCUUCAUGAAGUGUUCAGACGAGCCUUGCUGAUGAAUUUUGUCCACACUGUUGCUAUUCGAAGAGUAAUUUGUGUUUACAAAGACUGGAUACAAAUGAACGUACCUGAAUUGCCUGUAUUUAUGUUGGAACCUGAGGAAGGAGAUUCAGAAGCCGUAGUUGCUGGAAACCUAGAUUCUCCCAAAAAUAGAUUACGCACAGAUUCAUAUUACGGUGCCGUUGGGAUCAACGCAAAUAACAAUCGAGAAGAGUAUUUAUCACAUCUAAGAUCUGGUGCUCAAAAAGUUCUUCAAGUCUUCUUUUGUAAUUCAGCCUCAGUAUUUUUACUUUUUCAAAUCCCCAAACAUGAAGCAGCAAUGGCAUUUUUGGAGGAACAAGUUGAUAUUUGCAAACGAGUCUUAAACAUAUAUCGCUACGCCGUAAUGAAUACCCGAAUGAAUUGUGACACAUGGGAACAACUUUUAGUAGUUCUGUUACAUGUUACUUCAAAAGUGUUAGAUACGAAGCAAUCUCAUUUUGGAGUAAAAAAUCCAGACUCUCUUGGUUCCAAAUUAGCUUCGGCUUUAUUCCAAACACUAAUCGUAAGUUGGGUAAAAGCAAGUUUGAACGUACCUUUGUCGACUGAAUUAUGGAACAGACUUCAUCAGGUUUUAUCUCAACUUACAUUUUGUGACGAUUUAGUUACUGAGUGGUCGAAAACAAUGGAAACUUUAACGAGGGUGCUGUCCCGCCACGUAUACAACCUGGAUUUGGCCAACCUUCCACUGGACCGAGUUUCUGACCGCAGAAAUAAAAAGAAGCACGGUGCCUUAGCAAAUAAUCAACCGAUAGUUUCCGUUACUAGUGAGCACGAGGCAAAGAGAAUAAUUUCUGAUGCUCCAGAUGGUAAACGAGAUAGAUAUCCAAGUACUGGGACUGGGUCGGACAGGAAAUCUUUAGUUUAUUCAGCCACGGCAACAACCACUCCUACUACAAAACGAAAACUGAAGAGAAGUUUAAGUGAUGGAAAUCUUGCUACACCGAGAAAAGUUGAAAACGAAACUUCUACGGAUGGAGAUUUUCAUUCACAUUCACUUGUAAUUUCGUCCAAUCGAGAACAUGAAACACCAGAGAAUUAUAUUUCCUCAUCACCAGAAGUUACACGACAGAGAAAGAAAUCGCAUUCGAUGGAUUCACUAAGGACGCUUAAGAUUGCGUCACACUUUGGACAUAUAGGACAACCAGGCUGUCUGAAUUCCGAUUGGGCGGAAAUAUCUUCCUCGACCACAAGCUUGGAAAAUGCUUCAACCAUUCAUAUCGACGAUUCUGGUAGCAUUGAUUGUCACGGUGGACAAGCUAAACACGAAGUAAAGGGUGUUAUAUCUGGUGGUACGGUGAAAGGUUGGCUGCCAAGCGUAGCCGCUAUUUUAUGGAGACGUAUGCUUGGGAUUCUAGGGAAUGUUAAUGAAUUUACAAGUCCCAAAACCCACGCUCACUUUUUUCAAGUCUUAACGGAAAUAUGGGGGACUUUGUACAAGUUGCGUUUGAAUCAAGGAGUUAGUUUGGACAAUUUGUCUACCCCUCCGCCAUCCGAACUGUGUCCCCCAUUAACUUGUUUUUCUUCCUGGUGUUUGCAGGCUCUUGAUUUAACGGACGAUUAUUAUCGCGGAAAAGUACUUGCAUGUGCCUUGUUGUGUGAUGCUACUAUUGCGAAUCAGGAUAUUCCUCUUUCUCAAGAGUACCUAACUAAAUUCUAUUCUGCGAUUCAUAAAACUAUAAUUGCCAACCAACCUGAAAUGGUGAAUGAAAUUGUCAAAAGAUGUGGAUAUAAACUUGUUUCUAAAAUGCUUCCCGGUUAUUCCUUGUUGUUACUCGAUCUAAGCCAAGCUGCGCAUUCUAUCUUAACCUCCGAUGAUUUGAAAAAAGCACCAAGAGUAGCUGCUGCCUCAGUCCUUGGUUCAGUAUUAACGGUUGCCGAUGUAUGUAAGGAGCUGCCCAUUUUAAAACCGAAUUCUAAGCAAUUUCAACCCGUUACCUCUCAUGCUACCAACAACGUCGUUUUGUCAUGUCUAUUGCAAUUUUCAAAAAGCGAACAAACUUCACAAGCUAGAGCUAUUUGCCUACAAUCCCUAACAAUCUACUUGUGCAAAGAGUUAACCAAUAUUCGCUACAUUGGAUUUAGACAGUCUGAAAAGGAUCGAAUUUCUACAGUUAACACAAUUAUUUCUGUCCUGUUGGCUUCGGUGAAGGUGGCAAAUAGAAGUGUUGCUUUAGUCGCAUCCGAUCUGUUGCUCUUGCUUUCGGAUUUUGCAUCAGAGAUUUGUGUUAAUUUUUUGCCAAUGAUUGAACAAAUAAUUCAGGGUUUAAAAUGGAGUCUUCAACAAGCAUUGCCAUUAAAGAAUUCAUCUUGGAAAACUGGAAAGCCUGUGGAAACUGAGAAACGGCUUUUAAUUUCACUCAUCACAACAAUUGGGGAAUGGUGCAUGAAGCUUCCUUUAAAUGUCUUACUAACUCCGCUGGAACAUAAUAAGCCAAUUCUAAUUUCGUCUGUAUUUGAGGUGUUGCAUAUGGCUGCCAAAGGGUUUCAAAUCCCUAGUACAUGUGACGGAAGCCUUCAUAUUUUGGAAGAUUUUGAUCCAAGCAUCCCAUUUGAUGACUUGCAGAUCACCAGUGGUUCUGUUUCAAAUCUCAAAGCCGGUGGCGAUAAAGAAUCAUUUUUGACUAAAUCAGAUGGAUUGCAUUCUCCUUCUCAAGAUUUAGAAACUGUGAAACUUGCGGCACGAACUGUAAUAUCGCAUCUUCUAACGCAACUGGGUCAUUUUCCAAUGGCGAACGGGUCCUCCAAGUGUGGCUCUGUUGUGUCAGAAAAUGACGAUUUGCCUGGUUUGAAUUCAGAAUUGGAUGAGCUGAGUACUUAUAUUUUCUCUCUCCCAAAUGUUCAGAUGUUUGCUCUGAACGAAAAUACAUUAUUGUCAAUUGUCGAGCUUCCAGAAGACCUUUCUUCGUCAGGUACAAGAGUUUCCUCUGGCUUUGUGACUUCAUUGUCACAAGUUCGAAUCAUUAUGCGUGACCUGAGUGGCAAAGGUACCUGGGAUGCCGCCCAGCUUUAUUCACCAAACCCACACGAUGAUCACCAACAGCAUGAUCCAAGUCUUGUAUCUAGAACUACACCUAACCAAUCGGAGGAAUUAUUUUAUUUGUCAACAAUCACUGGAAAUUUUUUACCUCAGCUGGGUCCGCGGCUAACAGUGAGAAGAAGAGGAGUUGGAGUUCUCCCAACGGUUGCAAACUCUGCAGACGAUCUAGACAACCUUGAUGAUCUUUUGAGUUACAUUGGGCACACAAGUGAAGAAGUGCUUCAAAAAGUUGGGGAACCAUUAAAUGUUCCGUGGAAACCCCCUUCAGCUAUUACUCAGGAAAAUGAAGACGAUGUUGUUGCAGCCGUUGUAAACCAAAGGAAUGCAGAACUAGAAUUUCUCAUGAAGUUUGACAUGGACUUGACAAUGAAGGCUCGUCCGGUUUCAUACUCUCAGCCUGAAACAGACUUUAACAGCGAACAAGGAGAUUUGCCUUCUUUAACAAGAAGUGUGACAAAUAUCGGAUCUAGCUUUAUGUUAAGCCGGAGGUUCUUUAGUCAGUUGGGGCUGAUGGGAUGGGAUAAACGAGACACCAUUGACGUUCUGAACAAAGAUGAAAGACUAUUGCGUGAACUAAAGCAUUUAGACUCUCAGAAAUGCAGAGAAACUCACAAAAUAGCCGUCAUUUAUGUCGCAGAAGGGCAAGAAGACAAACAGUCAAUAUUAUCAAAUACCGGUGGCAGUGAAGUUUAUGAAGAUUUUGUGGCCGGACUUGGUUGGGAAAUUGAUCUUGAGACUCAUACUGGAUUUAUGGGUGGACUUCAAAGAAAUAAAAGUACUGGUCUCACUGCACCUUACUUUGCAACCUCAUUCACUGAGGUUAUUUUCCACGUUGCCACAAGAAUGCCUUCUACCACAGAAGACUGUCUACUACAAAAAACGAGACAUCUCGGGAAUGAUGAGAUACACAUAGUUUGGUCUGAACAUUCGAGGGACUACAGAAGAGAUAUUAUACCAACAGAAUUUUGUGAUGUUUUGAUAGUUAUUUACCCAUUAAAAUUUGGAUUGUUCAGAAUUCAAAUCUCUAGAAAAGCCGAGGUCCCAUAUUUCGGCCCUUUAUACAAUGAAGCUGUAGUUGAACGUGACGUCUUAGCGUUAUUGGUUCGCGCGACAGCUAUAAAUGCUUCUCGUGCAAAGCAAUCGUCCCUGGAAUUAUUUGAGCAUCAUUUUGAGGUACGAGCAAAGGCUUUAGCGAAAAUUAUCAAAAACCACAAGUGUCGGUCAACGUUCGAACAAUUCGCAUCAAGCGUAUUUUGCCCAGUUUUGCCACCUCCCACAUUUUCAUCUGGAGUUUCAAAUAGAGCUUCAGUUGCAAGUUUCUCAGCCUCUUCUCGAGUCUCGGGAAAUUCAGCUACUACACUAACAGCAAACUCGAGUUCCUCCUCUAACCAGUUAUCAACUGCUUUAUUAGACUCAACAAUUCCUAUUUCAAGCAGACGAACGUAUGACAUUCCAUUUACUCCACCGGAAAUAAGAUCUGGGAGAUCUAGUGGAUUUGGUGGGGAAUCGUCUCCAUCUUCCAUUCCAGAGUCCCCCAUCCCACCAAUACCUCCUAAAAAGUUAUCAAUUAGGCUGGGGUCAGCUUUAAGUAAACCUAAACUUCACACCCCGCCUGGCAGUCCGGUGCCUCCGUCAAAACCUCCUGGAACCACAAAUUCUUCAGGACGUAAUAAUUAAAAUACGAAAUAUAUUAUAUCCAGCCAAAGACAAUUUUGUAUAUUAGAUUAGUAGCAUUUUGUGGUAGACUAAACAUGUAUUCGUUGAUGUAUUAUUUGACAAGGGACUUUCCAGUUUUUGACGUAUGUUUUUUGUCUCAGUUUUAAAUUAUCAUGAAACCGGUGUCGGGUUGUUAUACUUUAUAUUACCGUUUGAGCUGUUAAAAGACUUGUAGUCUUUCAUAAUGUAAAACAUAUUUACACAAAGUGAAACAAUUGGUUUACUAAGUAUGGUACUGGACUUUCGUAUUUUUAUCAAUAAGUAGUGAUAUGUGAUAUCAUAAAGUACAAUGCUAUUAUAUUAUUAUGCAACAUCCUAUAUAAUUGGUGCUUAGUGCUUUUCAAGCAUUUCAAAGCUCCGUUGUUUCCAACUUUGUUGGAAUUAUUUCAUUGGCCUGCGCGAAAAAGUUUUGACGGUUUACUCAGAUAUUUUCAAAACCAUCCAGUGGAUUGUGCAAUAUUAUGUAAAAUGGGUGAGUGUGGUGUGGCUUACAACGCAUCUUCCUCCACCACAAAGGUGGAGGAAAGAAGAUGCCAUUAACAAUGGAGCAAUAUUAGUACCGAAAUAAUGACAGUGUGGUCGUCAUGAGCUAUUAUACACUACGAAAGUGUUCAUGUUUUGUGAAAACUUUAAUAUGCAUAAAACGUGCUUUUUAAAACUAUGCAACAUUCCAUCCAACUAUUUAUUAAGUAAUUGUGUUUUUUAUUUGUGUUAAGAGUAUUGCCCAUGUUUAAAAUCAUUUAAGUCUGCCUUUCACCUUAAAGUUUACUUUGUACUCUAAACAUGUCAUUAUUUGUUCUAGUUUUGUACCCGUGAAGUAUUGUAUUGUAACUAUAAUGCAUCUCUGUUUUUAAGUACUGUUCAUGUACACAUGCACAUGAUGCAAACGAAAAAGUACACAACGCACAAUAAUAAAUCAAAACUUUGUAUCUUUCAAAAUCUGAA